UUGAUUUCCUGCAGAGAUCGCAAAAUGGGUUCUUGGAUAAUUUGUUCUCCACGCUGUCAUGCGUUGUGUCCGUUCCCUUCUAUAUAGGAUUUCUCCCCAUUCUUUUCUGGGCAUGCUUGGAGUUUUUUUCAGCUUUUUAUUUCACCUUCGAAGAGUGGAUGAAUAGACAAUAAAUUUUCCUUCUCGUUGUUAAUCUUCUAGAGUGGGCAUUCCAAAUUGGCAAGGCAGAUGACCUUAUUGAUGGCUUUCUGUGAUUACAUUGGGAACUCAAUAAAGGAUCUUGUAUCAGCUCCUAGACCUAGUUGUCCUCCUGUGAGGAGGGUAAUUGCCAUUGCAGACGAGAAGGAGAAUGCCAUGGAGUAUGGAUUGCCUUCUUCACAUUGUCUAAACACAGUUUGUUUGUUGGGAUAUUUAGUAUUCUAUAUCCUGAUAUAUUAUCCACAAAGAGAUGGAAUUGAGAUUGCAAUUUUGUUCGGGCGAGUAUGCUUGCUUGUCUUUCUAAUUGGCAUAGGUGAGGAAAGAUUAACUUCAUAACUUGCAUACAUAUUUUAAAGUGAAAUAAAAGGGUCCAAAAGAAGAUCGAAAACUUGGAAUUUGAUGAAAACUAUCUGUAUCAGGAUCGGCAAGUUUAUUUACUAUCUGUAUCAGGAUCUUGGUCAAUUAUCCCAUCAAUUUAAUGGUUAUUAAUAUUGAGGUAAAGUGUGGUAAAGGAUUCUACUUGGGUGAGGAAUUGACAUGUCUUAUCUGUAUAAACGGUGAUUUUCUUUUUCAAUGUUAUUUGUGCAAUUAUGUGACAUUUGUUUUUAUUUGGAAAUUUGUCAUAGUAUUUGUUCUUAA